UGGUUAGAGAAGGAGUUCUGUAACACACAGAAAUCAGUCUGAGAGUGUUUAGUUUUUUAAUAUAAUGAUGGACUGAAUCUGAAGGAAGAAAUGGUUAAAAGAGGAGUGUUUAUAAUCUCUCCGUCUUUGUGCUCCUCCUCCAAAACCACCUCCUCAUACACACAGAGAACCAGGAAGUUCAUUUCAAAGGAAACUAAACUCAGAGUUCAGUGCAGUCUCACUCUCUCUCUCUCUCUCUCUCUCAUUCUUCUCGCUAUCUGUCAGUGUGUGAGUUCAGGAAAAUGGCCGAGGUGAGUAUUUCAUUAGAUCAGCUUUCAGUGGAUUGGUUAAGCUGUCCAGUGUGUCUGGAUCUACUGAAGGAUCCGGUGACGAUCCCCUGUGGUCACAGUUUCUGUAAGGUGUGUAUUAAUGACUGCUGGGAUCAGGAAGAUGAGAGCGGAGUGUAUCGCUGUCCUCAGUGCAGAGACACUUUCACUCCAAGGCCUGUUCUACAGAGAAACAACAUGCUGGCUGAAGUGGUGGAGAAACUGAAGAAGACUGAAGUCCAAGCUGCUUCUCCUGCUCACUGUUAUGCUGGACCUGGAGAUGUGGAGUGUGAUUUCUGCACCGGGAGAAAACGCAAAGCCGUCAAGUCCUGUCUGAUGUGUCUGGCCUCCUUUUGUGAAACUCAUCUGAAACCUCAUCUUGAAAUUCCUGGUUUGGAAAAGCACAAUUUGGUCGAAGCCUCUGAAAAUCUAGAAGAGAAGAUCUGCUCUGAACAUGAUAAAGUGCUGGAGAUCUACUGUCGUACUGACCAAAGCUUCAUCUGUUAUCUGUGUACGAUGCAUAAACACAGAGGACACAAUACUGUAGCAGCUAAAGCAGAGGGAACUGAAAAACAGGUGAGAAAUGGAAGUCUAAUCUAUUCAGGCAAUUUAAGAUGGUCAACCAGUGAGACGAUCUUUACUGAGAUGAUCAGCUCCAUUGAGAAAAGGCGCUCGGAGGUGACGGAGCUGAUGAAAGAUCAGGAGAAGGCUGAACUGAGUCGAGCUGAACGACUCCUGGAGCAACUGGAGCAGGAGAUCGCUGAUCUUCAGAGGAGAGUCACUGAGCUGGAGCAGCUUUCACACACAGACGAUCACAUACAUUUCCUCCAGAGUUUCCAGUCUCUCCGUGUUUCUUCUGGACGUGAGGUCUCACCCAGCAUCACUGUCAAUCAACAUCUCUCAUUUGAUGAAGUGAGGAAAUCUCUCUAUUAUCUGAAAAAGAGACUCGAGGAAUUCUGCCUCGAUGAAUUCAUCAAAAUCCCUGAACAUGGUGAGAGAAAUUGUCCUGCUGGGAAAUCUUUACUUUCUCUGCAGCACAGUAAAGAGAGACAUCAAAUUUCCCCAAAACACACAGACUUUCAAAUUUCAAAUGAUUACAUGAGGGGAUUACUCGAUGUGCUUCGGAUGUUUUCCUCAGGUACCCUGGUUUCCUCCCCCAGUCCAAUGACAUGCAUUGUAGGCUGGUUGACAUUUCCAAAUUUCCCCAUAGUGUGUAAAUCUGAGUGCAAUUAUACCACACAAUGGAUUGGCACCCUGUCCAGUGUGGAAAAUACUGUCAAAUGUGUCUCCACGGGUUCUGUCCACCCGGGUCCAGUUCAGAGUUUGAGGUGUGCUCACCACAUUAGUCAGCAGAGAGCAGAGCUUGGCAUUAUCACAGGAAGUAAGAUCUGUUUUAGACAAAGGGGCCAUAGAAUAUGUACCCCUUUCUCUGAGUGAGAGAGGUUUUUACAGUCGUUAUUUCCUAAUCCGCAAAAAAGAUGGGGGAGUAUGCAGACAAUUUUAGAUCUGCGUCAUCUGAACCGUACUCUUCGGACAUAGAGGUUCAAGAUGUUGACGCUCAAACUUAUCGUUUCACAGAUUCGAGGACUGUUUUGUGAUGAUAGAUCUAAAAGACGUAUAUUUCCACAUAGAAAUAUUGCCCAGUCACAGGAAGUUCCAGAGGUUCACGUUUGGAGGUAACUUGUACCAAUAUCGGGUUCUUCCCUUCGACCUAGCUUUAUCCCCUCACACCUUCACAAAGUGCACGGAUGCCGCUCUGGUUCCUUUGCGACUCCAGGGCAUCCGUGUUCUAAAAUAACUGGACGACUGGUUAAUUCUAGCGCGUUCCAUGGAGUUGGCAAUUCAACAUCGAGAUGUUUUUCUCACACACAUGAGAAGCUGGGGGCUCAGGUUGAACCCCAAGAAAAGUAUGCUUUCUCCAGUGCAGAGGAUGACUUUUCUAGGGGUUAUAUGGGUUUCACUACGAUGAGGGCGUAUCUAUCCCCAACACACAUAGGGUCGAUCCUAUCAACAUUGAGCAAGAUAAAGCUGGGUCUGGGCAUCCCCUCCAGUUUCUACGAGAGACUGCUGGGGCUUAUGGAAGCUGCAGCCAACGUCAUACCAUUGGGCCUAUUGCACAUGAGACCAUUUCAAUGGUGGCUGACAAGUUGGGGGUUUCGUCCAACAACAAAUAAUGUUUCUGAAUAAAAGUAUUAGACUAAAUACAUGCUAUAAUAACUGGUGUGUGUUUUGUUAAUAUUAUUAUUAUUUCA